CAUAUUAAAAUUAUUAUUUCGAUCUGCUAGCUAUUUUUGAAUACUGCUCAUUUAUUUUUUUAGGUUACCGAUAUCAAAAUUCGACCCAGAAAAGGAUUUGAACAAGUGAUAACAUUGCGAAAUAAAUAUUUGAAAUCACUGAAAACUGAUUCAGUAUACAAAAUAAUUGACUAUGAAGAUUUUAUUGUUAUUCAUAGUCAUUGUAGUAAAUGUGGUGACAGGAGAUUUGCCGUUGGCUUUGUCUUGUGAGGCAGAGAAAUGUGAGCUACCUGAAUGCCGUUGCUCCUCAACCAGUAUACCUGGAGGACUGGCAGCUAAGGAAACUCCACAGUUCUUCACGAUAACAUUCGACGAUGCCAUUAACGUAAUGAAUUUGGUUACGUACCGAGAUAUUCUCUAUAACCGUCACAACACAAACGGCUGCAGAGCGGGUGCCACGUUCUACAUCAACCAUGAAUACACAAACUACAAUGCGGUCAAUGAAUUGUACAACGAAGGCUUUGAAAUCGCCUUACACACUAUCAGCCAUAGAACUCCACAGACUUACUGGGCUGAAGCCACUUAUGAUACUAUGGUCCAAGAGCUGGUAGAUCAGAGAGUCUUGAUGGCGCAUUUUGCUAAUAUACCAUAUGAUGAAAUGAAAGGAGUACGUAUGCCAUUCUUGCAAAUGACAGGAAAUUCCAGUUUUCAAGUUAUGGCCGAUUUCGGAAUUAUCUACGAUGCUACUUGGCCUACAGUGACUUCUCUGAGUCCUGGUCUAUGGCCGUACACUCUUCAUUACGCUUCAACUCAAGAAUGUGUGAUACCUCCCUGCCCAACCGCUUCUAUUCCGGGACCCUGGGUAAUGCCUAUGAUCAGCUGGUUGGAUCAAAAUGGUAUCCCUUGUCCGAUGGUUGAUAGUUGUUUUUUUGUGCCAAAAUUAGACAAUGAGGACGAAUGGUAUGAUUUCAUCUUGAUUAACUUUGAAAGACACUACCUCGGAAACAGGGCUCCAUUUGGCUUCUACAUUCAUGAAUGGUACUUAAGAUUCAAUCCAGCAGUGAAAAGGGCCUUAGCCAGAUUUAUGGAUCUAAUCAAUAGCUUAAAUGAUGUUUUCAUGGUCAAUUCCAUUGAAGUUAUCGAAUGGGUUAAGAAUCCUAUGCCGAUAGACGAAUAUCGUCGGAAGCCAUGCAAAGUUACUAAAAAAACAAAUUGCACUCGCCUAACAUGUGGCCCUUUAAGAAGUGACCAUAAUAACCUCGACUACUGGAUGGAAUCUUGCACGUCGUGUCCUCGAACCUAUCCCUGGGUAGGGAACCCACUUGGACAGUAACUAAAAGGAAAUCAAUGACCCCCACACAGGGUACGACUUUUAGAAGAGUACGUCAAAUAUCUGUGGACUUAACGCCGAAUUGUUUAUUGUAUACUUCUCGCAAAAGAAAAAAUAAAACCGACUUCAAAAAAUUUAACGAAGAAGAAAGAAAAGCAUUACGCAUUAAAACGCAUUACUGCUUGACGGCAGAAGCAGGCAGGGUAAUGGAAUCCACCCAUGCCGGCUCACAAAUACCCUACCAGUCAAAUGAUAUUGAUAGACUAAUAACGUUAUAUAUCUGUACCAACCAAUGUCUAUUAGUAUCUGUAUUAUGUUUGCUCAUUUCCGUUUCCUGUAAAAUCUGGAACUUUACUGGUGGUAGGACCUCUUGUGAGUCCGCACGGGUAGGUACCACCGCCCCGCCUGUUUCUGCCAUGAAGCAGCAAUGCGUUUCGGUUUGAAGGGUGGGGCAGCCGUUGUGACUAUACUGAGAACUUAGAACUGUAUCUCAAGGUGUGUGGCGCAUUUACGUUGUAGAUGUCUAUGGGCUCCAGUAACCACUUAACACCAGGUGGGCUGUGAGCUCGUCCACACAUGUAAGAAAAAAAAAAAAAACUAGCAUCCAAGGAAAAAUAUUAUGUUCAUUAUGGAAAAAUGUGUAUAUAAAAAAAUAACAACAAAUGUUGAACAUUAAGCAUUUUUUUUAAAGAAUAAAAAAAGAUUACAAUUACAAAUAUAAAAUCGCAACUGUAUUUAUGACUUUAUAUGUGUAUUUAUGAAUUUAUGGUAAAUAAAAUAAAAGCAUUAAUGUCUAAAACA